AAUCAAGGCUAACUGUAAGUCGUAUUGUGAAACUUCGAUUCUCAUUGCUGAUUACAUUACAGUAAACCACAGCAGAGCGUGGAGCUGUUUGCGAAGCGUUCAUAUUUUGAGUGACGUACGCAUUCUUGAUGCAAAGAGAAGCGAUAGUUCGACAGCGCCGCAGCAACUUCAGCGGUGUUGUCAAAGACACGAUGGCUCCUGAAAAAUAAAAGAGUAUGCAAUUCAAGACAAUCAUCGAACCAUUUCGGAUCAAGACGGUGGAAUCCAUCCGUCGGACCACACGCGAAGAAAGAUUGAAGGCUAUUGAAGAGGCUGGAUUUAAUUUGUUCCUUUUGGAUGCUGACAAUGUACUAGUUGACUUGUUGACCGACUCGGGUACGGGCGCAAUGUCUGCCAAACAGUGGGGUGGGAUGAUGCAAGGUGACGAAUCUUAUGCCGGUUCAAAAUCGUUCUAUAAAUUUAAAUCAGCUGUACAAGGCAUCACUGGUUACAAGCACGUCAUACCAACGCAUCAGGGUCGAGCAGCAGAGAGAAUCCUCUUUGGUUCUGUCUUGAAGGGUGGUGAUAUCGUGCCAAACAACACGCACUUUGACACAACCAGAGCUAACGUCGAACACCACAAGGCCGUGGCUUUGGACAUUCCCAUAUCGGAAGCACGAUCCCCUUCUGUCGUCCUUCCCUUUAAAGGAAAUAUAGAUCUUGAACUGUUGGAAGAGCAACUAUUGCGCAACAAGCAAAAAAUACCGAUCGUGUUUGUCACCAUUACGAAUAAUUCGGGAGGUGGACAGCCUGUCUCAAUGGCAAACAUCCGUGGGGCAAGUCACAUUUGUAAAAAGUUCAGUGUUCCCUUUUUUCUCGAUGCUUGCCGUUUCGCGGAGAAUGCCUGGUUUAUCAAAAUGCGCGAGGAGGGCUAUGCCGGCAAGUCUCCGCUAGAAAUUGCACAAGAACUAUUCAGCCUUGCCGAUGGUUGCACCAUGUCAGCUAAGAAGGACGGCUUGGCAAAUAUCGGAGGCUUUUUGGCACUGAACGACGAUUGUCUAGCCCAGGCGUGCAAGAAUGAACUGAUUCGCACUGAAGGGUUCCCGACGUAUGGAGGGCUGGCCGGGUACGACCUUGAGGCUAUUGCUGUCGGUAUACAAGAAGUACUUGAGGAGGAUUAUUUAGCGUAUCGAAUACAAUCCGUUGCGUAUUUUGGCAAGCAACUGACCGAUGCCGGGAUACCGAUUGUCCAGCCACCCGGAGGCCACGCGGUCUACAUCGAUGCCACAGCUAUGCUUCCCCACAUUCCCGUCUCCGAAUUUCCGGCAUGGGCUCUUUCUCUUGCACUUUAUGUUGAGGGCGGUAUUCGCUCUGUCGAGAUUGGGUCCGUUAUGUUUGGACAGGAGACACCGGCUUCGAUGGAGCUGGUUCGACUGGCAUUUCCACGUCGGGUCUACACACAGUCGCAUGUGGACUAUGUGUCCGAGGUCCUUCGCUACAUCAAUGAGCAUAAGAGCAACAUCCAUGGCGUUCGUAUUGUUGAGCAGCCAGCGGUUUUGCGUCACUUUAGUGCCAGAUUUGAGCCUAUUGGAGGUUCUCUCCAAUAGCUGCAGGCAUCCAACCUAGGCGUAUGUCGAUUCCAGACAAUCGCCACAGUAAACUUUGUAGCAAACUAGAUAACUGCGCAUAUAAACAUUGCUAGACUUUGC